UGGGAAGUGGAGAGAGAGAGGCCGGGAGAGAGAGGCCGGGGGCGAGAGAGAGAGCGAGAAAGGGAGCGCCCAAAAUGAACAUGGCUAACCUCUUCAAGCAUUUUUUCCGCAUCGGGAAGGUGAAGCGGAAAACGGGAAUGCGUGACACGGCCUCGAACGCCGACGCCGACACGUGCUCCGACAACGGCGAGCGCCUGUACGACCUCAACCUGCCGGCACUCGUCAAGUUCAGCUACGCCGCCGAGCGCGAGGACGAGCUCUCGUUGGUCAAGGGUACACGCGUCAUCGUCAUGGAGAAGUGUAGCGAUGGCUGGUGGCGUGGGGGGUACCAGGGACGUUCCGGAUGGUUCCCUUCCAACUACGUGACGGAGGACGCCGACGGGACAGCGGGGGGAGGAGGGGGCGACAGUUUAGGGGACCCGGUAGGGUCACUGACUGAGAAACUAGCAGCAGUGGUUCACAGUGCGUCUAACGGGAACCGGAGACUCCACACGGUGCAGGCGUUGUACCCGUUCAGCUCGGGGAACGAGGAGGAGCUGAACUUUGAGAAGGGAGAGGUGAUGGAGGUGGUGGAGAAACCAGACAACGACCCUGAGUGGUGGAAAUGCCGUAAAGCAGACGGACAGCUGGGACUAGUGCCUAAAAACUACGUCAAUGUGCUGCCUCCCCAGCAGGACUCCACUACCCAGAAUGCCUCACCGGGCCCCGCGGGGCCGCCCACGCCUGACUGUGACUACAUCUCUCCGGCCACGGUGGGGCGGUUUGCGGGGAAGCCAUGGUACUAUGGCAAGGUGACGCGUCAUCAGGCAGAGGUGGCUCUCAACCAGAGAGGAGUGGAGGGAGACUUCCUCAUCAGAGACUCCGAGUCAUCGCCCAAUGAUUUCUCCAUCUCCCUGAAGGCCCAGGGGAAGAACAAGCAUUUUAAGGUUCAGUUGAAGGAUGUUGUGUACUGCAUUGGCCAGAGGCAGUUCAGUUCUCUGGAGGACUUGGUGGACCACUACAAGAAGGCUCCCAUCUUCACCAGCGAGCAGGGAGACAAGCUCUACCUGGUGAAGGCCCUGGCUGCCUCUUGAUCACACACACACACACACACACACACACACUGACAAACACACGGAGGGAAACAAACAGUACAUACACUCACACUGAAAGACUGGAGACUUCACAUCACUAGGACUACUUAUGUGCCAGGAGCUGUGAGCAAGAAGGAAGAGGAGAGAGAGAGAGAGAGAGAGAGAGAGAGAGAAGAAGAAGGAAGGGGAGAGAGAGAAGAAGAAGGAAGGGGAGAGAGAGAAGAAGAAGGGAAUGGAGAGAGGGGAAAAAGGACAUUCUGGAUUCUGUCAGACCUGUAGGUGGAUUAUGUGUUUAGGUCUUCUAGGUCAUUAUGCCAUCUACUAAAUCUAUACUGAACAAAAAUAUAAACGCAACAUGUAAAGUGUUGAUUACAUGUUUCAUGAGCUGAAAUAAAAGAUCCCAAAAAAUAUUCCAUA